CGGGCGAUUGCACCAUCGGUGAGGAGGAUUCGCAACUCAGGUGAAAUAAUAAAAAGUCCAACUUCUCCAUAACAAUACCCAUCGCUUAGAAAAAUUUCGCUCUCUAACACAACCUCUUGAUUCAGCAAGGUACUUUAACGGCUAUAAAAAAACUGCUGUUUUUCGUGAAUCCUUCUGACAAGUACGGUGUAUUAUAUAUUGCAGAAUCGCUUGAUUAUUGGCAUAUUCGUAUGGUAUAAGAUUUUUGCAGGUCGCGAAUUCCGUGCUAUUUCAUUUGGCUCUCGAAACGGAUUUUGACAUCUAAUUUCAUUUGAUUCGAGUAAUUUCCUUUUAGAUCUCUGUUGUCACUAAAAAAAAAUUUAUUGGAAAGGAUUGUCGUUUCGUUUGGGUUCGUUCCUUCCAUUCAAUUCUCAUAAAAACUUUCUAUCUGGUGACGAAUCCUUCUCGGUCAAAUUGUCAGUAAAAGAUUCAUUCUAUGAACGCUAAAAGUGUUUAAUUUUUAGUAUCCUUUGCUUUUGUCUUCCUACCGUCUUUCCAUCCGAGAGUUAGGUUGCUAGCAUCGUUAUAAAACUUUGUUAAAUUACCCAUUUGACAAGCAUACAAAAGUUUUCAAGACUUAGAAAACGUUCUUACAGAUUCCUCUUUAUUCCUUUUUCUUUUUUUAACGUUUCACUUUCGUUUUCCCUGCAUCCUUGUUCUUUUUCACUUUUUCGUUUAUAUUUUUUUACCCUACAUUCUUACCAUUCAUCUGAAGAUUUGUUUUUUCUCUUAUUAACGUUUCCAAAACAAUUUUUGACACGUUCCAAAUUAUUUAAUUCUACUCCCCCCCUUCUUACCACCAAAACAAAAUCAGGUCACCUUUCAUUUUAAUAUAUAAUUAUGAAGUUACUUUCACGUCUUCGUCAGUAUUUUACUGAGCCCGUGGAUAUCCCACAAAGCCAUAUACCCAACCCAGAUACUAAUGCUCAACCUUUACACGCAGGAAUUGCUUAUCCUCCUGAAACCGCUCGUCCCGACGAAGAAGAGCCUUCUCCAUCCAGCAAAAAGGGCCCCACUGUUCGUGUGGUUCGUCAUACUGUAUUAAACCAACCAAAUGAGAACGCUUACUCUUACUCCUCCAACGAUAGAAAUAUCGAGCUCACGUACGGCGAAUAUGAAGAACAACUUCCCACCGUGGUCGACUGGCUUCGCACACACGUUACCGAUAAUCUUGGAAGUCGUUCGCUUAACUAUGUGAAAUCCCUUUUUCCCAUUAUUCAAUGGCUUCCCAAUUACAACUUUCAUUGGCUAAUUUUUGAUGUAAUUGCUGGUGUAACAGUAGGCUGCAUUGUUGUGCCCCAAGGUAUGUCCUAUGCUAAGGUUGCCGGUCUUCCUGCUGAGUAUGGCCUUUAUUCUUCGUUUGUCGGUGUUGCCAUUUAUUGCUUCUUUGCCACUUCCAAAGAUGUUUCAAUUGGUCCCGUCGCUGUCAUGAGUUUGGUCACUUCCGAAGUUAUUAAAAAUGUCUCUGCCAAGGAUCCCACAUAUUCAGCUCCUCAAAUCGGUAGUUGUCUAGCUCUUUUGGCAGGUGCAGUCACCUGCGGUAUCGGUUUGUUGCGUCUUGGUUUUAUUAUUGAAUUUAUUCCCAUUCCUGCUGUCGCUGGUUUCACAACUGGCUCUGCACUUAAUAUUAUUUCAGGACAAGUCCCCUCAUUAAUGGGUUAUAAAAAACUUGUCAGUACUCAUGGUGCAACAUACCGAAUUAUCAUUGGUACCCUAAAGAACCUACCUCAUACUAAGGUAGAUGCUGCUUUCGGACUUGUCAGUUUGUUCAUUCUGUAUGUAAUUCGUUAUUCAUGCCAGUUUUUAACUCGUCGUUACCCAAGAGGUCAGCGAGUUUUCUUCUUGGUUAAUGUUUUACGUAGUGCUGUUAUUAUUAUCAUAGGUACUGCUAUUUCUUACGGCGUGUGCAAAGGUCGCCGAGAAAAUCCCCCCAUUAAUAUUUUACUUUCCGUUCCCAGAGGUUUUCAACAUGUUGGUGUUCCAAAAAUAAGCAAAAAGCUUUGUGCCGAUAUGGCUUCCGAAUUACCAGUGUCGGUAAUUGUCUUACUAUUGGAGCAUAUUUCGAUUGCAAAGUCUUUUGGCCGUGUUAAUGAUUACAAGGUUAUCCCCGACCAAGAACUAAUUGCAAUGGGUGUUACCAACUUAAUUGGUGUAUUUUUCAAUGCAUAUCCAGCAACUGGUUCCUUUUCUCGUUCUGCAAUCAAAGCUAAAUCUGGUGUGCGCACUCCAUUAGCUGGAAUCUUUACCGCAGCAGUCGUCAUUCUAGCUUUGUAUUGUCUUACCGGAGCAUUUUACUAUAUUCCAAAUGCUGUCCUAUCAGCUGUAAUUAUUCAUUCUGUCUUUGAUCUUAUUCUUCCUUGGCGCCAAUUGGUUCUCUUUUGGCGUAUGCAGCCUCUCGAGGCUCUAAUCUUUUUAGCUUCUGUUCUUGUGUCUGUUUUCUCGUCUAUUGAAAAUGGUAUUUAUACAGCUGUUUGCUUAUCUGCUGCUUUAUUGCUGUUUCGAAUUGCCAAGCCUUCAGGCUCUUUCUUGGGAACCCUUAAAAUAGCGAAUAAGAGUCUUGUAGGUGACGAUGUUGGUGUUAUCCGUGAUAUCUAUGUACCCCUCGAUCAAAAAGGAGUCAAUCCUAAUUUAGUUAUCCGAGAUCCUCCUUUGGGAGUUUUAAUAUUUCGCUUACAGGAAAGCUUUACUUACCCAAAUGCUCAACACGUCAAUUCAAUGCUCACCACGAAAGCAAAAGAUGUCACUAGGCGAGGAAAGAACGUUCAAGUCAAGAAAAAACAGGAUAGAGCUUGGAAUGAUCCCCCACCAAAAAAGCAAAAGAAAGGUGUUAAAAUUGAAGAUAAGCGACCUCUUCUUCGAGCUAUCAUUCUUGACUUUAGUGCCGUAAACCACAUUGAUACAACUGGUGUCCAAUCUCUUGUAGAUACUCGCAAAGAAUUAGAAAACUAUGCUGAUGAUGAAGUUGAGUUUCACUUUACCGAUAUCAAUAAUGGUUGGAUUAAGCGGACUUUGAUUGCCGCUGGUUUUGGAAAGCCUCGAGACGCUACCAAGUACACGAGCCGGUCAAUUGAAGUCGGUAGUGCUGCACCAUUGCGCGACAUCGAAAACCCCAUGGUCACUGAUUCUUCCCAAUUAUACAUGCCAAGUACAGUGAGAAUGAAUAGACCGCGCCGUGAACUCGAUGAAGAGGAAGCAAUUGAAAAUAACACACCAGCUAAGGAGUUUGAUGAAGGAGAAGAUUCGGAUUCCGUUUCUAAUCCUGAUGACAAAAAGGAUGGCGGUAGCCAAUUCCGAUCCGCUUUCUCGCAUAGGGAGUACUGUCCUGUCAUUUCAACGAAAAACCCAUUCUUCCACGUGGACGUUACUAGUGCGAUAGUUGAUAUUUCUCACAGAAAUGUACUGGACGUAAAUUACAAGCCACAGAUAACUGAAACCGACCCCAAUAAUGUGGAGUCAGUCGCGGUGGAAGAGAACAAGGAUAAACCAGUAACAUGAUUUUUGAAUUAUUACUGAAGUUGGAAAAUUUUGGUGCGUUUAUAUAUCUAUCUUGCUUAAAAAGUUUAUGUUUAAUGAAUUUAAUGA